CAGAAGUUUUGUUUAUGCCUUGUGCCGCUGGCACGCUGCGUUGUUGUGCCCACAUGCUGGCGACUGUGCUGGGUGUGGAUUAAAAUACGCACCACUAUAACAUAUUUAGUAUUGUAGACAUCCAAUAAGUGCUUCAUAACAGACGCAGACGUAUACAAAGUGCCACCUUAUCCUUGGCUUGACGAUAUUUUACGCCAUAGAAACGCUUGUAGUUAUUUGUGCUCGUUAAAUUCAAAAUAAAAUUGUCAUGAAUCCAUAUCUACUGCAGCUACGUGAAUUGGUGUAAAUCUUGUGUUGUUUUAUCAGCAGUGAGUGGGAAUACAAGCCGAUUAAAAGAAACUGACAUCCGUGAAUACUGAGCGUCAGCGCACGCUUUGCCGACUCGUUUUGUCAUGAAGGAAGAACCACUGGAUGCUUUCUCGCCGGUCAACACGGGACCUGAAAGCUUCACAACUGCACCAGAACAGGACCAAAGUGCAGAUACAUUUCCGGUCCCGGAAACUCAGAUGUUUGAGUUUGUGGCUGUGAAACAGGAAUGGGUCGAAGAUGGGGUGAAGAAAGAUGACUGGGAUGAGGCUCAGGAGCCUGAGAAUGCAGCUGUAGAGGAAGAUGAGAUUCAUGCAAAAACACAGCCUUCUGAGUGGCUCAAGUCAGAGGAAUCCGAAUCGGGAGACACAACAGUGGACACUCCAAGGUUCAUCCCGCAGGGCCAGGACCUGCCUACUACUGACAAAUGUGCUGCCAUAAUUGCCAGAAAUGACGAUAUCCCGCUUGGUGAUAGUAAUCACAGUGGCAGCAGUAAGGAAUGUGAUAAGAACAAAAGCGACAGACUCCUACUGUCAGGACAGGUGGUGUACUCAGAGAUGCAGGAUAAACUGUGUAGGAAUAUAGAUGGUCUCAUCUGCUUGCUGCUAAAAACAGGUGUCACGAGUACUUCCUGUUUGGAGCACAAUGACCGUUCCACAGACCACCAGAGCCAGUAGACAGAAAACUUCGACGUCACUUGAACCUGUGUUGCGUGUACACUGUGCUGUGAGAUAUUUAUCAAUAGAGGGUAUUUGUACCAGUAAUUUACUUUUGCCUGCAUCACAUAGGAAGUAAAUAGUGACUGUAAACAAAAUACAGCAAGUUAUUCUGAUUGUAGAUUUGAUACAGAACGUGAUUAUGAGAACCACCCAAUUAUAAGGAAAUGUAAAAUUCAUAAGGGGAAGUGGAAGAAAUGGGUUGCAAAAAAAGAAGAGAAAUUCGGGACACUGUUAUGGUUUACCGAAAUCUGAUUGCCUGUUCAAGAUUGCUGCCACCCUCCGUGAGCCCAAAAUUGUGGCACUGCAAUUGCCUGAUGGAGUCCUGUUGUAUUGUCUGUGUCAGCUGAUGAGUAAUUGAUUACCAACAGCAGUUGUACUUAUGCU